AUGACCGACUACGCCUCCCUCAAGGUCCCGGAGCUCAAGAAGCUGUUGCAGGAGAAGUCGUUGAGCGCGACGGGCAACAAGGCCGACCUAAUCGCGCGCCUCAAGGAGCACGACGAGGCCCAAGGAGGAUCCAAGCCAGCCGGCGGCGCCGAGGACGAAAUUGAUUGGGACGACGAUGAGCCCUCGAAACCCGCAGCUGCUACGGAGCCCGCGCCUGUGCCUGCAGCUGCGCCUGCCCCCGUCGCCCCAGAGGAACCCAAGGCCGAAACAGAAUCUGCGCAGGCUCCCGAGUCAACAGCGACGGGUCAAGAGGCCGGUGCGGAAGCCUCAGGAGAACAGCCUGCCGUUUCGGAGACGGCUGCGCCCAAGACAGACUUCAGUGCUGGUCUAGCGUCGUCGUCGGUUGAUGACGAGGCGCGGAAGCGUGCCGAGCGGGCAAAGCGCUUUGGCAUCACAGCCACUGAACAGACGGAUGCGGAAAAGAAGAAAGCUGAGCGUGCCCAGCGAUUCGGCAUUGAAGAGCCACAACAGAGCUCGAUUAUCAAGGGCCUGGACGCACCCCUCCCAGAGCGAAGAGAGCGGAAGCGUGGGCGCGAAGGUGCCGAGACAACUAGCGGUGGUGGUGACAGGGGCGCCAAGAGACAGCAAGGAGCUGGCGGUCGGAAUGACCGCAACCGCGGGAGGAAUGGUCGUCGGGGAGGUGGUGGUGGUGGCGGCGGCGGCAACACGGCUGCCAACGGCAACACAAAGAAGGCCGCAGCAAUCCUUGCGGAUCCAUCAGAAAAGGCCAAGGCUGAGGCCCGAGCGAAGCGUUUCGCGUGA